GUUGGUGCCAUUCCACGUAUUUGCACCCUCCGCAUGUCUUGUUUUUUUUCUCGACGCGCGUGACUCUGAUUAGAAGAAUGGCUGCAAUUUUCCUGGUACAAUAAAGACUUUCCAAAUGAGUGUAGUGCACGAAUCAUUGAAAAAUCGUGAGCUCUCACAUGCGGCCUGACCUUUAUAAGCUCCAACUUGAGCGUCAGUUUCACAAAAUCCAACCAUGGCCGUCAAACUGCUCACCGCCUUCGCUUUUGCAGGCAUCUGCCUGGCGGCCGCGCUGCUGGUGUCCGCCGAGGAGCAGGGCGAGCACGUGCUGGUCAAGCGGUCCGGCCACGGCUGGUUCCAGGCCCCCGGCAGCCCCACGAGCCGCCGUACCAUUAAGGACGGUGCCGGCCAGCAGAUCGACCACACCGUGAACCACGGUUCCGGCCAAAUCACCUCCGGGUACCUCGCCAAGGGCAAGAACGCCCGCGAUGACUCCCCUCACCGCACCGGCCAGCCCCACUCCGGUGGAGCGCCCAGCACGAGCGGGAAGACGAAGAAGAGGGGGCACUAACCGACAGUCGCACGCCUAAAACCUUACCACCCAUUUGAGCAUAUAUUCGGGAAAAACUAAGUAAUUUGUUAUUCAAAGAAAUGGUUCGCAAAUGUCUAAGCAUUUUCUUUGAAAGCUAAUUUAUGCUCAAAGCUUCUUAUAGCAAGCUUCUCUUGUUUGUAAAGCUUAAAAUAGUGUGCAAGUGUUUCAGACUGCGAGAUUUGAGUUCUCUGCAGUCAAUAAAAAAUUUCAAACAUGAAAUCCAUCGCCAUUGUCAAACUGAUUCCUCACGUAGAGGGCAUUUUUGUGUCCAAGCCCUUCCCAGAGCAAACUGAUUCGAAUGCGGUCCAUUUCGGCACUCGAAAAUCUUGUUUGGCACUGAACUUGCUUUUCCCCACAGUCUAUGGAGUUUCAAAUCUACCGUAGAACGGGGUAAUAUGAGACAAAUUUCGAGGUUUUUUGUGAAUUUCCCCCUUUUAAUUUCAAUUUGAGGUACAGAGGUGUUCAUCACUUGUUCAUU